CAAUCCCCCUUGAUGUUGAACAUAGUAAAGCUUAUUGCUCUCGGCUAAUCGGCUAAGCCUAAGUCGCUCAUUUCAAGAGAGAUAGAGAGACCUUUGUCUUAUAGCAGCCAUGAAACUCACUUGCAACUUCAUCAACGAUACAAAAAACCGUUCAAAGAAGACCAGACCUGAUUCUAUAUAAAUCGAUGCACCCCACCUUCACUCCACUACACCCAAACCUCUUCCAUCACCUUCUCCCUUCCUCACAACAACCCAUUUCCUCCAAUGGCCUCUUCUCUAGUCUUCUCCGUCAAAAGGCGCAAGCCAGUGCUAAUUUCCCCUGCUAAGCCCACACCUCAUGAAUUCAAACACCUCUCAGACAUCGAUGACCAGGAAGGUCUCCGUUUCCAGAUCCCCGUCAUUCAGUUCUACCACAACGAUCCUUCGAUGGGUGGGCGGGACCCAGCACAGGUGAUCAGGAACGCUAUAGCAGACGCCCUCGUUUUCUACUACCCGUUUGCUGGUAGGCUUAGAGAAGGUCCCGGCCGUAAGCUGACGGUGGAGUGCACCGGCGAAGGUGUGAUAUUCAUCGAGGCCGACGCUGAUGUCAGUCUCAAGCAGUUCGGGGAUGCACUCCAGCCUCCGUUCCCAUGCUGGGAGGAGCUUCUCUACGACGUCCCUGGCACGGGAGAAGUCCUCAACUGCCCUUUGCUUUUAAUUCAGGUGACUCGGCUCACAUGUGGAGGUUUCAUCUUCGCUCUUCGACUCAACCACACCAUGAGCGAUGCGGCUGGGCUCGUGCAAUUCAUGACCGCGGUGGGUGAGCUGGCACGAGGGGCACGGGCCCCAUCAGUUUCACCCGUGUGGCGGAGGGAGUUGCUAAACGCACGGGACCCACCUCAUGUGACUUGUGUGCACCAGGAAUACGAGCAAGUGGCCGACACAAAAGGCACCAUAAUACCACUCGAUGACAUGGCCCACCGUUCCUUUUUCUUCGGUCCCACCGAGAUAUCUGCCCUCAGGAAGCAUGUUCCGCACCACCUCCGCAAGUGCUCCACUUUCGAGUUGCUGACUGCGUGCCUCUGGCGCUGCCGCACCAUCGCCGUGGGGCCCGACCCGGAUGAGCAAGUCAGGAUCAUCUGCAUCGUUAACGCACGUGCCAAGUAUCAGCCGCCCCUGCCCGAGGGCUACUACGGGAAUGCGUUCGCAUUUCCGGUGGCGAUCUCGCCGGCUGGGAAGUUGUGUCAGAAUCCGUUGGGAUAUGCACUAGAACUAGUGCAUAAAGCAAAAUCUGAUGUCACACAAGAGUACAUGCAGUCUCUAGCGGACCUGAUGGUGAUCAAGGGCCGGCCCCACUUCACGGUAGUGCGCACGUACCUCGUGUCGGAUGUGACACGUGCUGGAUUUGGGGACGUUGAUUUCGGGUGGGGAAAACCUGUUUAUGGUGGGCCAGCCAAGGGGGGUGUGGGGGCCAUCCCUGGGGUGGCAAGCUUUUACAUACCGUUUAGAAAUGCCAAGGGGGAGGAUGGGAUUGUGGUGCCGACUUGCUUGCCUGGGCCGGCAAUGGAGAGAUUUGUGGUUGAGAUUGAAAGCAUGAUCAAGGAGCCCACACUCAGUAGCACUUCCAAAUUCAUUGUAUCGGCGCUCUAGAUAAUUAAGGAAUAAUAAACCUAACAUGACAUAAAAUCCACAAGACAUGUUAGGUUCAUUGUAUUGUUUUGUGUGCGCUUUUCAGCAACUGGUCUUUGUAUUUAGAAAGAAAGGGAGAAAAUAGAUUGAGCGUUUGGAAACUUGGCAUUGUAAC